AUGGAGUAUAAAUGUAUAUUAAUAGUUAUAGUAUAUUUAUCAGUACUAAUUACAGAUUCGCCUAGUGUUCUAGAUUUCCGUAGAAACAAUAUUGUUGUAUGUAGUAUGAUAAACUGUGAGAGUAGUUCAGAUAAUAGAUAUAAAUGUGGAUGUAUAAAUAAUAACAACAAACAACUAUAUCUCAAUAUAAGUAAUAUAAAUAAACAAGAUGAUACAACAUGGUCUUGUAGAGGUAAUUCUGGUAGACAAGGAUCAAUUAAUGUAUCAGUUUAUUAUGGUCCAGAGAAUAUAAGAUUUAACCCUACUAGUGAUAAUAUAGAUGUUAUAGAAGGAAAGAGUCAGAGUGUCAACUGUUUAGCUGAUUGUAAACCAGAUUGUAACAUCAUCUGGUCUAAAGAUGGUUCAACAACAAUUCUAAAUAACACUUUAUCACUUAGUACUAGAGAUCAAACUGGUUCUUAUAACUGUACAGUUAAACAUACUGUAUUAAAUAAACAACUUACAAAACAACUUAAUGUUCAGAUUAAUUAUGGGCCUGAUAGACUUACUUUCUCACCAGAUGUAACAAGUAUCAAUAUAAUAGAAGAUGGUCGUGAUGAACUUGCUUUCUCACCAGAUGUAACAAGUAUCAAUAUAAUAGAAGAUGGUCCUGAUGAACUUGCUUUCUCAGCAGAUGUAACAAGUAUCAAUAUAAUAGAAGAUGGUCCAGAUGAACUUUCUUUCUCACCAGAUGUAACAAGUAUCAAUAUAAUAGAAGGUAGAGAUCAAACUAUAACAUGUUUAACUGAUUGUUAUCAGUGUAAUUAUAAAUGGACUGGACCUGUUUCAUCACCAACUAAAGAUCUUGUAUUGACUCAAAUAAAAAGAAAUCAGGAAGGAAACUAUAGAUGUGAAGCUACCAAUAUUAAAAAUAUCAUCCCUAAAACAAGAUCUAAAUCUCUACAAGUUAAUGUACAUUAUCCACCUGAUAUAACCAGUAUAACAUCUGAUGCUGUAAAUAACACAGCUGAUGAAGGUUCUGAUGUUAUAUUUAACUGUAAUGUUGAUAGUAAACCAGUAUCUACUGUAACCUGGUCAUUUUCUACUAGUACUGAUACUAACACUGGUCAACAGUGGACAUUAACACAAGCUAAAUGUCAGGAUACAGGAAUCUAUACAUGUACAGCUAAUAAUGGUAUUGGUCAAUCAACUACUAAAUCUUUACCAUUAAAUAUUAGAUGUCCACCAAUACUUAAAGAAGAACUGAAGAAAGAAAUAAGAAGACAAAUUGGAGAAAUGGUAUUAUUAGAAAUAAAUAUAGAAGCUUAUCCUGAACCAAAUUUUAUAUGGAAACAAUUGAUAUCUGAUAUAGAAUACCCCUUUGCUAAAACAGAGAGAGUUUCUGAAAAUAAUUUUAUAUCCACAUUAGAAUUGAUAUUAGAUCAAUCAUCGUUUGGUUAUUAUAUAAUAACUGUACAAAAUAUUAUUAAUGGUGAAACUAAAGCAAAAACCUGGGGAAUAAAAAUCAUUGAACUCGACCCUGGAACAAUAUCUUAUAAGCAAUCUGGAUAUCAAGAAGUUUUAUCCACUGGUAUUGGAAUCGGUAUUGGUAUUGGAAUAUCUCUUGUUUGUGUAUUUCUGGUUUUACUGACAAUAUUUAUAUAUAGAAAAUAUCAUCCAGCCAAUAAGAAAUUACCAGAAGAAAGUUGA